AUGCCACAAGCUCUGAAGGACAGCCCAGGGAUGCUUCUAGCCAUCUUUCAGCGUGUUGCCAAGCGGCUUGCAACACCUGCCUUAGAAGAACGGGGUUUUCAAGAAUACAAGAGGGUGGCUUUCUCUGCUCCCAAAGCUCAAGCAGGGAAUGCCACGCAUUCAUUCAGCCAGCUGCCAGCCAGCCAAGCUUUGCUGGGCUUGCCAGGUGCAAGGUGGCUAAACCCCCUGUUUAAAAUUGGUCACAAGCGGAGAUUAGAAGAAGAUGACAUGUAUUCAGUGCUUCCGGAAGAUCGCUCCAAGCACCUCGGAGAAGAGUUACAAGGGUACUGGGAUAAAGAAGUUUUGAGAGCUGAGAAAGAAGCACAGAAACCUUCUUUGACAAAAGCAAUCAUAAAGUGUUACUGGAAAUCCUACUUGAUCCUGGGAAUUUUUACACUAAUUGAGGAAGGCACCAAAGUCAUCCAGCCCAUAUUCCUGGGGAAAAUCAUCAGUUAUUUUGAAAACUAUGACCCUACCGACUCGGCGGCUUUGCAAGAGGCCUACACCUACGCCACGGUGCUGACCACCUGCACGCUGGUCCUGGCCAUCCUGCACCACCUGUACUUUUACCACGUGCAGUGUGUGGGCAUGAGGUUGCGGGUCGCCAUGUGCCACAUGAUUUAUCGGAAGGCCCUGCGCCUGAGCAACUCAGCCAUGGGGAAGACCACCACGGGCCAGAUUGUCAACCUGCUGUCGGGUGAUGUGAACAAGUUUGAUCAGGUAACGAUAUUCUUGCACUUUCUGUGGGCAGGCCCCCUGCAAGCCAUCGCCGUCACUGCCCUGCUCUGGAUGGAAAUAGGCAUUUCCUGCCUGGCCGGGAUGGCUGUGCUCCUCAUUCUCUUGCCCCUGCAGAGCUGCAUCGGGAAGUUGUUCUCCUCACUCCGGAGUAAGACGGCGGCGUUCACAGAUAUCAGGAUCCGGACCAUGAAUGAAGUGAUAACGGGCAUCAGGAUCAUAAAGAUGUAUGGCUGGGAAAAGUCGUUUGCCGACCUCAUCACCAGCUACAGACGGUGGGUGUUCCCUGAGAACUUUCUGUUACUUGACGAGGUAUCGGGACGCCGCCCCCAGCCACCACCAGAUGGUAAAACGCUAGUGCAUGUGCAAGAUUUUACUGCUUUUUGGGAUAAGACAUCGGAGACCCCGACCCUCCACGGCCUGUCCUUCACUGUCAGGCCCGGCGAGCUGCUGGCAGUGGUUGGACCUGUGGGAGCAGGGAAGUCCUCUCUGCUGAGCGCUGUGCUGGGGGAGCUGCCCCCCAGCGAGGGGCUGGUCACCGUCCAGGGCAGAGUCGCCUACGUGUCCCAGCAGCCAUGGGUCUUCUCAGGAACUGUGAGGAGCAAUAUUUUAUUUGGGAAGAAAUACGAAAAGGAACGAUACGAGAAAGUGAUCAAGGCUUGUGCGUUGAAAAAGGACUUACAGCUUCUGGAGGACGGAGAUCUAACCUUGAUAGGAGAUCGGGGCACCACACUGAGUGGGGGGCAGAAAGCCCGAGUCAACCUUGCCAGGGCGGUGUAUCAGGAUGCGGACAUCUACCUCCUGGAUGACCCCCUGAGCGCGGUCGAUGCGGAGGUGGGCCGGCACCUGUUCGAACUGUGUAUUUGUCAGAGCUUGCAUGAGAAGAUCACAAUCUUAGUGACUCAUCAGUUGCAGUACCUAAAAGCUGCAAGUCAGAUUCUGAUAUUGAAAGAUGUUCCCACUGUUCUGCAGAACCCAGAAGCAUCAUUGGAUUUUUCUCAGAUCACCUUGGGGGGUGGGGAGGGCAAAAUGGUGGAAAAGGGGACUUACACUGAGUUUCAGAAAUCGGGGGUAGAUUUUGGUUCCCUUUUAAAGAAGGAAAAUGAGGAGGCUGAACCAUCUCCAGUUCCAGGAACUCCCACGCUGAGGAAUCGGACCUUCUCCGAGUCUUCCGUGUGGUCUCAGCAGUCUUCCAGGCCCUCGCUCAAGGAUGGUGCUGCCGAGGGCCAGGAGCCAGAGAAUAUACAGGCCACGCUACCAGAGGAGACUCGGUCUGAAGGAAAAGUCGGCUUCAAGGCCUACAAGAAUUACUUAGCAGCGGGCGCUCACUGGCUUGUCGUUGUUUUCCUUCUCCUAGUAAACAUCGCAGCCCAGGUUGCCUACGUCCUACAAGACUGGUGGCUGUCUUACUGGGCAAAUAAACAAAGUGCCCUCAACGUCACUGUAAAUGGAAAAGCAAAUGUCACCGAGAUGCUCCAUCUGAACUGGUACUUAGGAAUUUAUUCAGGCUUAACCGCAGCUACUGUCCUCUUCGGUGUAGCCAGGUCUCUGCUGGUCUUCCACGUUCUUGUUCGUUCUUCCCAAACUUUACACAACAAAAUGUUUGCGUCCAUUCUGAAGGCUCCAGUAUUGUUCUUCGACAGAAAUCCAAUAGGAAGAAUUUUAAAUCGUUUCUCCAAAGACAUCGGGCAUAUGGAUGACUUGCUGCCGCUGACAUUUCUCGAUUUCAUCCAGACGUUCCUGCUGGUGGUUGGCGUGGUGGGCGUGGCGGUGGCUGUGAUUCCUUGGAUUGCUAUCCCCUUGCUUCCCCUUGGCAUCAUUUUCUUUGUUCUUCGGCGAUAUUUCUUAGAAACUUCAAGAGAUGUCAAACGCCUGGAAUCUACAACUCGGAGCCCUGUGUUUUCCCACUUAUCAUCUUCUCUCCAGGGACUCUGGGUGAUCCGGGCAUUCAGGGCUGAGGAGAGGUUUCAGGAGCUGUUCGACGCACAUCAGGAUUUGCAUUCAGAGGCGUGGUUCUUGUUUCUGACGACGUCCCGGUGGUUCGCCGUGCGUCUGGAUGCCAUCUGUGCCAUCUUUGUCAUUGUUGUUGCCUUUGGGUCCCUCAUUCUGGCAAAAACGCUGGAUGCUGGGCAGGUGGGCCUGGCCCUGUCCUAUGCCCUCACGCUCAUGGGGAUGUUCCAGUGGUGUGUCAGGCAAAGCGCCGAAGUGGAGAAUAUGAUGAUUUCAGUAGAAAGGGUCAUUGAGUACACGGACCUUGAGAAGGAAGCCUCGUGGGAAUGCCAGAAGCGCCCCCCGCCCGGCUGGCCCCACGAGGGUGUAAUUGUCUUUGACAACGUGAACUUCUCCUACAGCUUGGAUGGGCCCCUGGUGCUGAAGCACCUGACAGCCCUCAUCAAGUCAAGAGAAAAGGUUGGCAUUGUGGGAAGAACGGGAGCUGGAAAAAGUUCUCUCAUCUCAGCCCUUUUUAGAUUGUCAGAACCCGAAGGUAAAAUCUGGAUUGAUAAGAUCUUGACAACUGAAAUUGGACUUCACGAUUUAAGGAAGAAUAUGUCAAUCAUACCCCAGGAACCGGUUUUAUUCACUGGAACAAUGAGGAAAAACCUGGAUCCCUUCAAUGAGCACACGGAUGAGGAGCUGUGGAAUGCCUUGAAAGAGGUGCAGCUCAAAGAAGCUAUUGAAGAUCUUCCUGGUAAAAUGGAUACUGAAUUAGCAGAAUCAGGAUCGAACUUUAGUGUGGGACAGAGACAGCUGGUGUGCCUCGCCAGGGCUAUCCUCAGGAAAAACCGGAUAUUGGUCAUUGAUGAAGCCACGGCAAAUGUGGACCCAAGAACUGAUGAGCUAAUACAAAAGAAGAUCCGUGAGAAAUUCGCCCAGUGCACUGUGCUCACCAUUGCACACCGGCUGAACACGAUUAUCGACAGCGACAAGAUAAUGGUUUUGGAUUCAGGAAGACUGAAAGAAUAUGAUGAGCCAUAUAUUUUGCUGCAAAAUCAAGAGAGUCUCUUUUACAAGAUGGUCCAACAACUUGGUAAGGCCGAAGCGGCCGCCCUCCUUGAAACAGCAAAACAGGUGUACUUCAAAAGGAAUUACCCAGAUAUCACUCACAAUGGCCACGUACUCAUGAACACGUCCAACGGACAGCCGUCAGCCUUAACUAUAUUCGAGACAGCGCUGUGAUUCUUCCCCAGCGUCAAGUCUGUUCCGAAGGCAUUUUUUGGUAGCUUUUGUACUAUAUAAACAAUAUACCUAUUAUUUUUUAAUUUAGCAACAAAUAUCUACACAUACGAGGUGUUAAUCUAUUUGGAUUUUUUCUUCACCCAAUGAUUUUCAGCCCUCACAAAGUGAUUUAUUACUUUUAUUUAAAUGUUAUAGUAUAUGUUUUUCUUAUCCAAAUCAGAGGUGCAGGCCACCCAGAAAAACUGUUGACCAGGUUUUGUGCCUUAAGAGAAGCCAGAGCCAAAACUCAUUUUGUAAAGGUAUAAAACAAAGUUGUCAAGGAUUUUUUUUCUCUUACUUUUCCCCAAAUUUCAUAUUACUUUCCAGUUAUAUCAGGGAUUCUAUUUACUUGAAGUCUGUGUGUGAAGUUGCCAUUUUGUGUCACUACUUUUUUAACAGAACUGGGAUUAUUAUUUUCUCCAAAGGCCUCUGGUGAAAAUAACAUUGGUAACAGUCAUGGGAAAAACCAAAUACAGAUUUUAAGAGGCACUGAUGUAGGAGAGGGAGCCUUCAUUUCUCCUCAAAAUACAAGACACGUGAUUAAAACAUAGAGGGAUGAUCUGCAAACAUCUGCAAGAGAAGGAAAAUGAGGCUGUCUCAAAGUAGGAGACCUUCAGGAUUUGAUGAUGGCUGUGAUCAUCUGUUGUCCUUUAGAUGCACAUGUUUCUGACAUGGUUAAGGGUUGCAGUUUUAGAUUCAGUCUGGUAAUAAGUUCAAAAAGACCAAAACACGACCCAUAAUUUCUGAAGUCCGUGAUAGUGUUUUUACUUGGAUUUCGGGCUUGCGGACAGCUAACCUGUUGUUGACCCUCGGCCUUUGGCUUAGCCUUCAUCGAAAUCCUUGCUAAGUUGCAUGCACAGGUUCUCCUGAGGUAGCAAACUGGAAAAGGAUUGUAAACUUUCACUGUAAUUUUGCAGUAUGUUUUCAGAGUGCAUCUGGGAGGUUCGUUUCCAAGUUAGGUCACUCCAUCCACUCAGAGCAGUUUCUGUAGGUCUUUCUGACGAAUCACUGACCCGCAGUGGUUGGUCUGCUCUGCUUUCGUUGCACUCUGGGCCUUCAAUUGGUCUUUGAUGGUGGUGAUUCGGGUAUCUUGAGUUGAAAUCAUAAAAGGCUUGCAUGUCACAGUUUUAGUGACAUGACCUCUCAGAAUAAGAGGUAACCACCCUCAAAUUGCAUAUGUUAUAUGCCUUCCUAGAGCCGAUUACUGGACUCUUCAAUGGAGAGCAAGAGAUGCUUCAUAGAAUCAAGCCUUAAAAUGCACAAACACAACAAACUACCAAAAUACAUUAAGUGCAAUAGCCAUUCUAUUCUGUGUGUAGAAGUCACAUGGUUGAUGUUUCGUCCAAUGAAUCAGUAGGCUGUCUAAUAAUGAUGUCUGAUAUUUCAGGGCUAGAAAUGACAGCGAUGAUGGUUAGGUUUGGGAAAAUAUUUGAAAUGUGUAUGUGUUUAUUUGGUCCUUAGUGGCUAAAGGCAGUUAAACAUGUUUCUAUUUUAUUUCUGUUUUAAUGUCAUCAUAGAAUUUUUUAAGGAAAAGGCAUUCAGUUUAAAUAAAUGACAGUUUUCAUCUUCAUUCAGCAAUCUGUGCUUUUGUUCUUAGAGGGGUUACUGAUUCAUCUUUAAUGUGUUUUCCUGAG